CCUUUCGUUGGUUCGGCGGCGCGGCGUUUUCACUUGUUGCAGGGAAGAAAAAAAAAUGCCGGCAGGUCAUGGAGUUCGCGCGAGGACGAGGGAUCUGUUCGCGAGGGGGUUCAGGAAGAAGGGUACAAUCCCAUUGUCUACCUACCUCAGAACCUUCAAGGUCGGCGACUACGUCGAUGUGAAAGUGAACGGUGCGAUCCACAAGGGUAUGCCUCACAAGUUCUACCAUGGUCGUACCGGUCGUGUCUGGAACGUCACCAAGCGCGCCGUUGGUGUUGAAGUCAACAAACAGAUUGGCAACAGGAUCAUAAGGAAGAGGCUUCAUGUGCGUGUGGAGCACGUGCAGCAGUCCAGGUGCGCAGAGGAGUUCAAGCUGAGGAUUAAGAAGAACGAUGAGCUCAAGGCCGCAGCCAAAGCCAGAGGCGAGACGAUAAGCACCAAGAGGCAACCUAAAGGACCCAAACCAGGAUUCAUGGUUGAGGGUAUGACCUUGGAGACCGUCACUCCUAUCCCCUACGACGUCGUCAACGAUCUCAAGGGAGGCUAUUAGUUUUCUACUUUCUUCCCUCCCAGUGUUUUGGAGCUUUCCGUCUUGUGUUUUGUAGCAACUUGAAACUUUUGUCUCUUAUUUUAAAUGACAGAUCUUUGGUUAUUGAUAAUUUUGUGACUGCCAUUAUGAAAAUGUUAUCUUUUCCCCCAA